AUGGCCCCAAACAUUGACAAAGAGGCUGAACACAUCAAGAACAAAGCCAGAAGGGAUCUUCUUGGGUUACUGGAAGGCGUUCGAGGAAAGAAGAAUCUGGUCAUCGGAAGAGACUUAACAGGCUUGUUGAGCCUGUUUGUUCAAUUCCCAACCCUCAAGGAAUAUGGCGUAGACAAGGUCUUCGAGCUUGAAAACGGCAACACCGACUCCUCGCAGAGAAACAUUGUGUACCUUGUGCACGGAGAGAAAGCCCCCUUGGUCCAAGCAGUAGCAGAGCAGAUAAAAAAGCUUCAGAAAAGUGGCACAAUCGAGCAUGAGAUCUCCGUAAUAUGGGUACCAAGAAGGACAUUGGUCUCGAACAAGAUUCUUGAAGAUGAAGGCGUUUUGGGCGAUGUCAAUAUUUCAGAACUGCCCCUUUACUUUCUGCCUCUGGAAGAAGAUAUGCUCUCUCUGGAGUUGGAUGGGGCGUUUCACGAUUUAUACCUGAGACAUGACCCCUCACCAUUAUAUCUCGCUUCGAAAGCUCUGAUGGCCAUCCAGCAGCGCCAUGGUCUUUUCCCGCGUAUCUUGGGAAAGGGUGACAACGCCCGAAAGCUAGCGAAUCUGCUACUUCGUGGACGAAGAGAAUUGGAUGCUGACGAAGCUGCGACGCAGUACACAAGCAUGCCGAGUACUUCCAUUGAACAGCUCAUCAUCAUUGACCGCGAUGUAGACUUUGCGACUGCUCUUCUGACACAGUUGACCUACGAGGGUCUGAUCGACGAGAUGUUUGGGAUUAAGCACAAUCGAGCAGAGGUGGAUUCGUCGGUAGUAGGCGCUGGCCCUCAACAGCGAUCGACCCCCGGAUCAUCUUCAACCUCGCCACCUCCAGCUGUCCGGCAGAGCUUGAAACGUAAGAUUCAACUUGAUUCAUCGGACCCGCUAUUCGAACAAUUAAGGUCUUCCAACUUUGCAUUGAUCGGGCCGCAUCUCAACAAGAUCGCUCGACGUCUCGAAUCCGAGUACGAAGGUCGUCACAGCGCUCGUGGCAUCAAUGAGUUACGAGACUUUGUCAACAAACUUCCCGGGUUUCAACAAGAGCACCAGUCUCUUGCGCUCCAUACAAACCUUGCAGACGACAUGAUGAAACACACACGAUCGGAGACGUUCAACCGCGAACUCGAGGUCCAACAAAACGUAGCAGCCGGGACCGACCCAGUCUACCAACACGACACAAUAGAAGAAUUAAUCGCACGAGAUGCGCCACUCAGCACUAUUCUCCGCCUCCUGUGCCUAGAGUCUGCCAUCGCAGGCGGGCUCCGACCCAAAGACUUGGAAUCCUUCCGGCGCCAGAUUCUGCACGCCUAUGGGUUCCAGCACCUCACCACUCUUGACGCGCUUGAAAAGAUGGAACUCCUCCAGCCCCGCUCUUCUGCAUCGGCACUGCUGCUCCCUGUUGGCGGUGGCGGGAGCCAGGAAAGGGGCACGAAAACGAACUACGCCUAUCUCAGGAAAGAACUUCGGCUCAUCGUCGACGAAUACAACGAGCAGGAUCCCGAAGACAUCGCCUACGUGUACUCGGGCUAUGCUCCGCUCAGUGUGAGGAUCGUGCAGUGCAUUCUACAGAAACAGUACCUCCAGACACUACACAAGUCGUCGUUGCCUCUGACGCCUUCCAGCACCGGCUGGACGGGCUUCGAGGACAUACUGAAAUCCGCGCGCGGCCCGACCUUCAGCCUCGCGCAGAAGGCGACCGACGAGAAGGCCGCAAAGGCGAAGGCCGCACUCGCCGGCGCAGGAGGGUGGAAGACCGUCUUCGUCAUGUUUCUCGGUGGCAUCACCUUUACCGAAAUCGCCGCCCUCAGGUUCAUUGGUCGGAAGAUGGCCGAGUCAGGUCAGAGAAGGAAGAUCGUCAUCUGCACAACUGGCGUCAUCAGUGGGAGAAGCAUCAUGGAUGGAGUCAUUGAGAAAUCGCAUCUGGGAUCAGGUACUACCACUACUACUACUUCUGCUGCCGCUGCCUGA